CAGCUCUAGGUUAAGAAACUUCUGGAGAUGUUGGGGUGAAGCCUGGGUAGGGGUGUGAGCUCAGCAAGGACAGUGACAUUUAAAAAGAAGACAUUGUCAGCUCCUGGAUGCAGUGUUAAUAAAACCAACAAUGAAAAAAAGAGACAAACUCUUUGUAGUAGCAUACUUCUUAAAUAUUCUUAAUGGAAUUUUCUUGCUAUUAGGUCUUAUGCUUAUAGCAUUUGGUCACUGGAUUUUGCUUGAUGGGAACAAAUUUGUCACAUUUUUAUUAUCUACAGGUGAAAAUGCUUUGAUGGGUUACAUUUCUAAUAUGCUACUUGCCACUGGAUCCAUCAUUGUCUUCAUUGGUCUCUUAGGAUACCUAGGAAGCAUUAGACGAAUCAGAUGCUUAGUCACUGUGUAUAUGGUUCUUGUUUUCCUUGUCUUUGUUGUCCAAGUUGGAAUGCUCAUACAUCUUUAUAUGGGAACUGAAAUGGUUAACAAACUGUGGAAAGUUCAAAUGGAUGAACUUAUUUCUACAUAUGGGAAUAAAAACCAGCUUGAAAAGGAACCUCAGUGGGAUAUUCUGAACAGUAUUCAGCAUAUGCUACAAUGCUGUGGGAGACACAAUUUCACUGACUGGAAAGGGAAUAAACACAAAGAACUUAUAAAUCAGGUGCCCUGUUCUUGCACAACCUCUAACACAAAAGAAUGGUUUUGUGAUGCCCUGAAAAAUGCCACAUACACUAAGGGUUGUGAGGAAGAUAUUGAGGCAUGGUAUGAAGAAAAUAUUUGGCUUUUAUUUGUGAUUCAUUUUGUACUGCUAGCUGUUGAAGCUCUUCAGUUCAUAGUCUCCACCUGGCUAUGUGGCAUAAUGAGGAGGAAUGUGGUUCUGGCCACCAAGUAGCAAAAUGUUUGUGCUGCCUUUGUACAGAUAAACUCUAUACUACAUGUUAGAGGACCCUUGAAUGUCAUUGUUACUCCAAUAGAUACUAUUCAACACCAUUGGUCCACAUUUUGAUCAUAAUUGCAAAUCAGGUCCUGUAGAAGGAGUUAUUUUUAAAUAUUAUGACUUCAAGAUGACGUGAUCCUAGAUUUAGAUGUAUUAUGUUCACAUUUGAAUAAUAAAAUCUCAUUAGUCAAA